CAGAUCGCCCUCGGAGGAGGAACCAUGAGGCCGGCCACCCGACGGCGGGUGGCAUGGCCGUCUCCCUGAAGCCGCACGCGGGCUAUCCCCUUCCCCGUACGUUCCAGAACAAAGAAUGGAGCCCCGUCUCGAGCUGCUGCUGCGGGAACUCCGGGAAGCGUGGGACGAGGUCGGCGAGGCGGAGGAGGACCGGGGGGAGGCGCUACGGGCGCUCGAGGAGGACUGCCUCGCCGUCUACAGGGCCAAGGUCGCGCAGGUGAGGCAGCAAGGCGCGCGCCUGCGGGCGGAGGUCGCCGCCGCGCUCGCCGAGCUGGCCGCCCUCCGCGCCGCCGUCGGCGACGACCCGCGGACUGCUGCCCCCCGGACCAGCGCCGGGAGCCUCAGGGAGGAGCUGCGCGCGAUCGCGCCGGAGCUGGAGGAGGUGAGGCGGCGGCGGGACGAGAUGCGUCGGCAGUUCACGGAGGUGACGGAGCUCAUCGACCGGCUCCAGCAGGAGAUGACGCCCGUCGAGCGGCCGCCCCCGCCGCGAGUCGACGCCGACCCCGACGACCUCACCAUGAAUAGUCUCCAGGAGCUCAGAGCGCACCUGCGGCAUCUCCAAUCCGAGAAGGAGAAUCGCAUCAAGAAGAUGGCAGAGCUCACGAGCUCCCUGCACGCGUCCUCCUCGGUUCUCGGCAUGGAUCCGCGAGAGGUCACCACGAGCCUCGAAGAAGCAGGCGCCGUCGCCGCCGCCGGCGACAUCAGCGACGGGGCGAUCGCGAGGCUGGAAUCGGAGGCGGAGAGGCUGAGGGAGGCCAAGCGGGGCAGGAUGCAGAGGCUGCAGGACCUGGUGGUGGCCAUGCUGGAGCUGUGGAGCCUGAUGGACACGCCGCCGGAGGAGCAGAGCCGGUUCCAGGGCGUGGCCUGCAACGUGGCGGCCUCGGAGGACGAGAUCACCGAGCCCGGCGCGCUCUCGGCCACCGCCAUCGGCGAGGUCGAGGCCGAGGUGGCGCGGCUGGAGGGCCUCAAGGGGCGCCGGAUGAAGGACCUGCUGGCCAGGAAGCGCGGCGAGCUUAGAGAGAUCCGGCGCCGCGCGCGCAUCGUCUCCGCGCAGGAGGAAGAGGAGGAGGAGGAGGACGGCGGCGGCGAGGAGUUCGUGUCCGACGACGACUGCUGCGCUCACGCGGCGGAGCGGUCGCUGGUGCUAGAGCGGCUGGAUGCCCGGAUCUCGGAGGCCAGAGACGAGGAGUUCAGCCGGAAGGAGGUGCUGGAGAGGAUGGAGAGGUGGCUGGCGGCCCUCGAGGAGGAAUCCUGGCUCGAGGAGUACAACAGGAACGAGAACAGAUACAACGUGGGCAAAGGAACGCACCUCGUGCUGAAGCGCGCCGAGAAGGCCCGCGCCUUGGUCAGCAAGAUGCCAGCAAUGGCGGAGGCCUUGACGGCGAAGGUGGUGGCCUGGGAGAAGGAAAGAGGAACCAAGUUUGUGUACGAUGGUGAGGGGCUUUUGGACAUGUUGGAGGACUACGACAACACGAGGAAGGAGAAAGAGCAAGAGAGGAAGAAACAGAGGGACCAGAGGAGGCUGCAGGGGCAGAGCACGGUCGAGUCGCCCGUUGCGAGGGCACUCUCAAAGAACCUCAGGAACGUGACGAGGACAUUGUCCAUGGGAGGCAGCAAGAAGAUGACCGUGUCAGCAUCGUCAUCAUCAUUGUCACCGUCGAGGCCAACCACGCCGAGCUACCUAAAGCCUUCAUUCUCGCCGCGGAGGAGCGACGAUGGGCAGAUGGUGUCGCAAGAUUCUUUUGAGUGACACCCAUUUGACAGUGUCCCGUGUUCUGCGGGAGAAAAGACACUAGUUGUUGACUGUCUUUGUAAA